UUGAAACUGUGGCAACUCUCCCCUGAGUGUUGUUAAGAUUCAUGGGAUGAAGAAGCAUGGCGUACUUUUGGAAAAUGUCUUUGACACAAGAUGAGUUACACGAAGGACAAUCUGAGGACCAAGCGUCUUCCUCUAUGUAUCAUUUUAAUCCUGAUAGUCAGGUCAGUCUAGGACUUGACCAAAUAGUUGGUGAAGGCAGCAGUGAAAUACCCUUUUAUGGUCCAGCAUAUUCACAUGACCUUGAAGAAAAUGAGUUUUUCCCAGAUGCAGCAGAAGAACAUUUAUACUUAGUAAAUCCACUUCAAAUUCCUCAUAGGGACCUUUAUUUUGGAAGCUCCACCUCUCACUGGCAGCAAGUCAGGGUGCCACCAACAAUUGGCUUCAAACCUUCUUUGCUAUCCGGAUGUAGUGACCUCUCCAUUGAGAAUUCCUACCCCACAUACCCCAUCGGAACACUUUAUGACUAUGGUCCAUAUGGAAGAAAUAACUUGAGUCCAACUGCAGAUGGAUUUGGGUCAGAUGUGGAGAAAGAGAAUAAAAAUCUGAAUUUCUAUAUAGGCUUUGAACAUAUAGACUAUCAACAUCCCGUUUUCUCAGACAACAAUGCAAGCGGACAAGGAACGAAAGAUAAAAGAAGAAAUGACAGUAAAUCUUGCCUUGUGAGCUGUGGGGAAACAUACUUAACAAACCCUUCUAGAGGAAUGACCAUAGGACCUGUCUGGCCCAGCAUCUCUGCAAACAGCUCUGCAGACAGCACAGAGCUUGCAGAUUGGUCUAUCCAGCUGGUUGAAGCGGAUCAAGGGAGUAAUGAAAGUAUUGCCUCCUUCUGCAAUGUAGUGAAGAAAAUCAGAGACGCAUAUCCUGCUUUUGAUUUGAAGACAAAUACUGGGAAGAUUUGGAGUGUCACAACAACAUUAUCAGAUGAGAUCCUUUGUAAAUCAAAAUUCAAAGUUAGCGUUUUGACAGACUGUUCAUCUCCUCCACUGCAUCUUACACCAUGUGCUAGCUGUAUUGUCCGCAACUUAAUUGUAGAGAUUCUCCAUUGUACAAAUCAAUAUCCAGCCCAGGAAGAGUGUUUUCUAAGCGUUUACGGGUCUGAUGAAUUUUUGCAAAAUGAUCGUGCUUUGGCCAGUCAUGAGAGUCUUCGCAAGGCAACCACCUCCAUUCAGCUUCGUCUACAGAAAGACACCAGCUAUCAGCAAAGUUUGGCUCGAAUGCAUGAAGAUGACCAAAGUCAGUUUAAUGUGAACCAGCUGCUACAAUAUACAUAUAUUUGGAAGGUGUCCAGGAAGAACCUUGUUACAUUUAUUAUGAAAUAUGGAGGUCAAGUGGAAUAUCUAUUGCAAAAUGAGCAUAAAGUGGAUAAAGUGAUUGAAGAAGCUAAAGCAAUCUGCAGCUUUCUCUGUUCUGUGGAAACCAGGGCUAUUACUGAUGCAGUCAAGAAACUCCGUGCAGUGCCACUGGGAAAAACACAGAAUUCACUUCAAAAUGUAGAAACUCCAGUCGGAGUCUUGAUAGAGAAUGCUGUGGCAGAGCUGUCUACAGCCAUCUCCCAUCUCAUCCAUGUUUUCAGCAGCAGCUUCCACACAGAUUUUCGGCCUGCAAAAAUACUUAGAAGCCCUUCAUGUGCAGAUGUCGACCUAGAUCCCCACUUUAGCUUCACUGUUUAUGCAGCCCACAACAUCCCAGCAGCCUGGCUGAAAAGCUACAAGCUCUUCUCCUUUUCUUGUUCUUUAACCUAUGCUGGGAAGAAAAUAUGUCAAGUGAAGAAUUGCAAAAAUAUGCCAGUUAAAAAGUCUUUUUUUUUCCUGGCAAACUGGAAUGAGAAAAUCAACUUUCCUCUACAAAUAAAAUCUCUUCCUAAUGAAACAAUAUUGACAAUAAAACUAUUUGGAGUAAACUGUGUAUCUAAAAAUACAGAAAUACUGGCUUGGACAUGUUCCCCCUUGUAUCAAAAACAAAAGUUCAAUCAUGGAACGAUGCUGCUUAGCAUGGCAUUGUACAGUGAGCCUCCAACAAUGAUGAUAGCUCCGGGCAUUUGUGACACUAGCUUGCCAGCACUAGUAACACUGCAGAUUGAUUUUCCAGAAACUAAUUUGGAGUUUAUUAAACCUGAGCCUGAAGAAAAAAGAGGUGACCUUGAAGAGCCAGCUAAAGAGUGCUUGAAGCAUAUAGCAAGACUUUCACAGAAACAUUCUCUCUUGCUGUUGUCGGAGCAAGAGAGAAGAUUUUUAUGGUUUUAUCGUUCCUCCUGCAAUAAAGAAAACUGUUCCCUUCCUUUAGUACUGGGCAGUGCCCCCAGUUGGAAUCGAAAGAGCAUAUCAGAAAUGUACACGGUGUUGAGGAAAUGGAUCUUUUCUAACCCUUUGGAGGCACUUGGGCUUCUGACUUUCAGUUUUCCAGAUCAAGACAUUCGCAGAACUGCAGUCCAACAAAUGGAAAAUCUGUCAAAUGAUGAAUUGUUGGAAUACCUCCCACAGCUGGUUCAGGUGAUCAAGUUUGAGUGGAGUCUUGAAAGCCCUCUUGUGAAACUCCUGCUAUGCCGCUCUCUACAGAGCAUCCAAGUAACUCAUCGACUUUACUGGCUUUUAAAGGAUGCACAGAAUGAAGCUCAUUUCAAAAGCUGGUAUCAGAAACUACUAGCUGCUGUCCAAUUCUGUGCAGGAAAAACCUUAAAUGAUGAGUUUUCUAAGGAGAGGAAACUUAUCAAAAUUCUGGGAGAUGUUGCUGAAAAAGUCAAGGCUGCCAGCGACUCCAAAAAACAGGAGGUGCUAAAGAUGGAAAUCAACAAACUUCAGCAGUUCUUCCAUGAGGUAAAUGUUUGCCGGCUUCCCCUGAAUCCUGCACUUGUUGUACGAGGCAUAGAUGCAGAUGCAUGUUCAUAUUUCACAUCCAAUGCUUUUCCAUUGAAAAUCUCCUUCAUCAAUACAGAUACACUUAGUAGAAACAUCAAUGUUAUUUUUAAGGUUGGAGAUGAUCUACGUCAGGAUAUGCUGGUUCUGCAGAUUAUUUGCGUGAUGGACAGAAUUUGGCUUCAGGAGGGACUCGAUAUGCAAAUGAUCGUUUAUAAGUGUUUAUCUACAGGAAAAGGCCAAGGACUUGUGCAGAUGGUGUCAGAUGCUACAACUCUAGCCAAGAUCCACAGGGAGUCUGGAUUGAUAGGACCAUUGAAGGAAAACACAAUUAAAAAAUGGUUCAGUCAUCAUCAUCCUUUGGAAUCAAGUUACCAAGAGGCAAUAAAGAAUUUCUUUCAUUCCUGUGCUGGCUGGUGCGUUGUUACCUUCAUUCUGGGAGUCUGUGAUCGACACAAUGACAACAUCAUGCUGACAAACACUGGCCACAUGUUCCAUAUAGAUUUUGGAAAGAUUUUAGGUCAUGCACAAAAAUUUGGAAGCAUAAAAAGGGACCGAGCACCUUUUAUCUUCACUUCGGAGAUGGAGUAUUUCAUCACAGAAGGUGGAAAAAACCCACAGCGCUUCCAAGAGUUUGUGGAGCUUUGCUGUCGAGCUUAUAAUAUAGUCAGGAAACACAGCCAAUUGCUCUUGAACCUGCUGGAGAUGAUGCUGCAUGCAGGGUUGCCUGAGCUGAACAGCAUCCAGGAUCUGAAGUAUGUGUAUGAUAAGCUUCGGCCACAGGACUCAGACCUCCAAGCCACGAGUCACUUUACCAGGAAAAUAAAGGAAAGUUUAGAGUGCUUCCCUGUCAGACUCAAUAACCUCAUCCAUACGCUCACACAAAUGUUAGCCACAGGCUUUGCCAAGUCUACAGCUUCACAGAAUGUUCCUCAGGAAUCCAACCUGCUGGAUGCAGAGAGGUCAAUUGCCCGAGCAACCAUUUUAGGAUUCAGCAAAAAGCCUGACUCUCUAUAUUUAGUCCAGGUGGUGCAAACCUGCCAGCUGGUCACGUUUGUGGAAAAAUCAUUUGAACAAUUUUCAAAACUUCACAGCCAUCUACAGAAGCAAUUUCCAUCACACGCCCUCCCAGAGUUUCCCCACUGGUGGCAUUUACCUUUCACAGAUCUUGAACACAAAAGAAUGAAAGACUUAAAUCUCUAUGUGAAGCAGUUAUUGAAUGGAUUCAACAACCUGUCUAAUAAUGAGCACAUCCUCAGCUUUUUCCUCGAUGGGUCCAAAACCGACUGGCCAGAAGAAUCUGCACUUAUUAGCCUAGGUCCAAAAUCUACUGAACAGAAACCUGGAGUGCAGUUAGUCAUAUCCUAUGAGUGCACCCACCUGACAAUAUUGUUGAAACACAUGAGGAAUAUUCAUCUCCCAGAUGGCUCUGCCCCAACUGCACAUGCUGAAUUUUAUCUUUUACCAGAUCCUGAUGAAGUCAGCAGAAGGAAAACGAAAGCAGUUCCAAAAAGCACUGACCCUACUUAUAAUGAAAUUGUAGUAUAUGAUGCAGUCACCGAGCUCCAAGGACGUGUGUUACAGCUUAUUGUGAAAAGCAAAGGAACAUUUGUGGGAGCUAUCAACAUUCAACUGAACAGUGUCCCAUUAAAUGAAGAAAAGUGGUACCCAUUGGGGAACAGUAUAAUUUGAACAUUGCCUUAGAUAACUGAAAUAUUCAUUCAUUAUUUCUCUUUCCCUUUUCUCAUGGGCCAUUUUGGCACAUUAGCCAAAAUAUUUGCCUUUGAGAAUAUAACAUGCAGUAAACCGCUAACCAUAUAUACAUUGAACUACUAAUUACAAGGAAAUUAUCUCUUUUUCAUGAUCCAUUGCCAUUUGGCUAUCUUCACAGAAUUACUACCUUUACUUGCAACAAGUUCCCAUUAGCCUGGGUGUAAAAAGGCUUGCAGCAUGCAAUUUCAAUUAUCUUGGAUAUCAUUUCUUAUGGCAACAAGCAAGAUUUUUGUUCCUGCUGAUCACUGUUAUUUGUAUACAGCUAGAUGUGUUUUAUGUAUCCCUAAAUCUGUGAUGCUGGAGCCUUAUCCAAAGCCCAUUUAAGUCAAUGGUAAUCUCCCACUGACUUUAGUGGGCUUUGGAUCAGACCAAUAAUGAGCUUAUUGGGCUGAAUUCACUCUACUUGAUGUCUGUAUAGUUAUAUCAGUUUUAAAUAUGGCCCAGUUAGUACGAUAGCACGUUCACCUGAGAGAUCAUAGUAGAAUGACAGCCAAUUUGUAUUUAAAACUUCUGGCACAUUUCACAUUUAAUUCUUGCUCAUUUCACAUUUAAAAUGUAAUUAUAUGUGCAGAAUUUAAAAUCUGAACAUUUAAAAGAAUUUAAAACUAUACUGUCCUUUAGUUUGUGUGUGUACCUUAUAUUUUUAAGUUUUAAUUUGCUGAUGUAACAUGUGACUUUGUAACUUUCAGACCUGGGGAAAGAUGUUUCAUCUCACUGGGUUUAUUCUGAGGAAAUAUUUGGAAAUAAAUAAAUUCUGGCAAAAUAUCUGAUAAUAGAUAAAUGUUAUAAAUUAGAGUUUGAAAAAUAUUUAUAUCCAAUGAUCCCCAUAGACUUUUAAACAUUUCCAAAAAUCACAUGUAAAUGACCAAUGUAUUAGAACCAUCACACAGUAAGUAAAGGGGACAUACAAUAAAUAGUUACUCUGCUGAAAGAUUAAAUUAAGUAAAAUCAU